GCAUCUGAUCAAACACACUCUUCUCUACUAAAAGCCUGCCAGAUAGGUGGACUUAAUCCUGAGCUUUGCAGGUCACUAAAAACUGAUGCUUCAACAAAUUAUGCGCUUUCUCCUGAAGUAUUUUCUGAAGCAGUUUCAAGGGACAUUGCUAGUGGUCUUAUACCAUUUUUCUUAUGUGCUACUGUUGGUACAACUUCAUCAACUGCUAUUGAUCCUCUACCUGAAUUGGGGAAAAUUGCUAAGUUCAAAAACAUUUGGUUUCAUGUUGAUGCUGCUUAUGCUGGAAGUGCUUGUGUAUGUCCAGAGUAUCGACACCAUCUCAAUGGUGUCGAAGAAGCAGACUCAUUCAACAUGAAUGCGCAUAAAUGGCUCUUGACAAACUUUGACUGUUCACUACUUUGGGUUAAGGAUAGAAGUGCUCUGAUUCAAUCACUAUCUACAAACCCGGAGUAUCUGAAAAACAAGGCCUCUCAAGGAAAUAUGGUCAUAGAUUACAAAGAUUGGCAAAUUCCCCUGGGGCGUCGCUUUAGAUCGUUAAAACUGUGGAUGGUGAUGCGUCUCUACGGAUUGGAAGGUCUGCGAAAUCACACGAGGAACCACAUUAAUCUGGCUGCUUAUUUUGAGGACCUUGUUGGUCAGGAUUCAAGGUUCAAGGUUGUUACGCCUCGCACGUUCUCUUUAGUCUGCUUUCGGCUUUUGCCUCCGGCUAACACAGAAGAUACUAAUAAACUGAACCGUGAUCUACUUGACUCGGUGAAUUCAACAGGAAGUGUUUUCAUAACACACACGGUUCUAUCAGGUCAGUUCAUUCUGCGUUUUGCAGUAGGAGCACCAUUGACAGAACAGAGGCACGUCGACACAGCAUGGCGAAUUUUGCAAGAAAAGGCCACUGCUUUGCUUGGCAGUUUGUAGGAUGAAACUACCCUCAGCAUCAUUUCAACAAUUUGUUUUGAGACAUCCAUAUUAAUGUUUCACUUGAGAACUUAAGUUUUGUUUUUCCUCUACAUGUAAGUCCUUAAGUUUCUUAGUGUUUAAAUGCUCAAUAAAAGGGAAAAAAAUCCUGUCAUGUGUAAAAACCAAGACCUAUAUAUAUACUGAAAUAUUUUGCUGCUUAAGCAGAUAUUAAAUAACAGCGCUUAAUCUGCAAAACCUAA